AUGAUCCCCUCAUCCAUCCGCUCCGCCUUCUCCGACCUCCGCGACCGCUACGCCCCCGUCUCUCACGUCUCCAACUUCCGCGCCACCGGCCAACUCACCCCCGACGAAUUCGUCCAAGCCGGCGACUUCCUCGUCUACAAGUUUCCCUCGUGGUCGUGGGCGUCUGCCUCGCCACCCACGAAAGGCGUCCCGCAUCUGCCGCCGGACAAGCAGUACCUGGUGACGCGCGGGGUGCCGUGCCAUCGGCGGCUGGAUGAGAACUUCGCGGGCGACGCCGGAGUGGAUGAGGCGUUAGUGAGGGAUAUGUUGAGGGGAGAGGAGGGGGCGGUGGGGGAGGAUGAUGGGUGGUUGAGGACCGGGGGGAUGGCGGAGAGUAUGGUGGCGAGGGUGAAUGAUGUGAGGACAGUGGAUGAAAGUGGGAAGGAGGGGGUGGUGGAUGUGGAGGAGGAUGAGAUUCCGGAUAUGGAGGAGGAGUCGGAUGAGGAGGCGAUCAUCCGGGAUAAUAAGGCUGGGAAAUCGGCGGCUCCCCCUCGACAGUACAACCUAUACAUAAUGUACACCCCCUAUUACCGCACCCCCCGCCUAUACCUCUCCGGAUACCUCUCCGCCUCAGAACCCCUCCCUCCCCACCUAAUGAUGGAAGAUAUCGUCGGCGACUACAAAGACAAGACCGUCACGCUCGAAGAAUUCCCCUUCUUCGACGCCGGCGUCAAGAUGGCCUCCGUGCACCCCUGCAAGCACGCCCCAGUCAUGAAAGUCCUCCUCGACCGCGCCGACGCCGCGCUGAAGCUGCGGAUGACGAAGCUCAAGGAAGGGAAGGACGUGCGGGACAGCGGGAUGGAGGGACUGGUGGAUCAGAUGGCGGGGGCGAGCAUUGGUGGGGAGCCGAGGGAGAAGGAGGGGGGCGAGGAGUGGGAGGUGUUGGAGAAUCAGGAGGAAGAAGUGGCGAUUCGCGUGGAUCAGUAUCUCAUUGUGUUUUUGAAGUUCAUGGCGAGCGUGACGCCGGGGAUUGAGCAUGAUUUCACGAUGGGAGUGUGA